AAAAAAUUGACCCAGAACUAUCCCUACCUACAAUGCGAAGCGAUGUUGAAAAACAGUUGAAUUACAUAGCACUAGGUAGAGCUAGACAAGCUGAAGUGUUGGAAUAUUGUUUAAAUUUGUUCGCUGCAAAAUUUAAAUACUUUAGAGACAAUAUCGCAAAAAUGGAUGAAUUGUUUGAAGCAACCUUCUCACCUCUUGCUUCAACUGGAAAAAUCCUUACAAAAUGUGGGAAAUGUAAACGGUACUUGAAAUUUAUUGCGUUAAAGCCUGUACGUUUACAUUGUUCAACUUGUAACGAAACUUAUUCGUUACCUUCAAACGGGAAUAUUAAGGAUUAUAAAGGACUUGAAUGUCCACUUGACGGCUUUGGGCUUGUAUCAUUUUCAACUGGUUCUAAGGAAAUUGGCUAUCCAUUAUGUCCAAAUUGUUAUAAUAACCCACCUUUUGAAAACAUAAAAAAAGGCAUGGGAUGUAAUCGCUGUUCUCAUCCUACAUGUGAACAUUCAUUAAUUAAUAAUGGUGUCUGUUCAUGCCAAGGGAAUUCAUGUAAUGGUAAAAUGGUCUUAGAUGCAACGUCAGCACCUAAGUGGAAAUUAUCUUGUAAUGUAUGCAAUUUCGUUUCCGUAUUUACAGAUAUGGUUAAAGAUGAAUAUUGUGAAAUUGAAGAAUGUAAUUCUCGUUUAUUAAAAAUUGAAUUUCGAGAAAAUCAAAAUAAGAGACCUUUAAAAGGAUGUAUUUUAUGUGAAGAUGAAAUCGCUGAAUUAUUAGAAAACAAGUAG